CGAGUCCUAUUGGCCGGGACGGAAUUUUGCAGGAUCGGUGGGCGGGGUUAAAUUUGUGCUGGAGCCGAGGCGCAUCUGCAUGGCGGUUUUCGAUUACAAUGAAAUGAAAUUAAAUGCAAGUCUGGAUCUGCAUCUUGUCAGCGAAAUCGUUCUCUCGUGUGUGUGCGGGAUGACCAUGCUUGAAAGUGAACAGCAAUCUGCCUGAGGCCAUUCGCUCUCCCGCAUACAUCAGCUCCUGCAGAGGUUUGUUAACACACAGCAGUGACUCGACAGUGCAGCAUGGAGCAGGUGGAGCAGUCAGGAUCAGAGAGCCCCCAGCCAUCAUCCAUACAGUCCGACACAUCUACAGCUCCAGCGGAGGAAGGAACCAGCGGAACAAGUACCCGCAGGAAGCGCAAGAAGAGGGAGCCACGGCCUGAAUCGAUCAUUGUGUACCGGUCCGACACUGAGAGGACUGACGGAGAUGAGCGAAGUGGAGAUGUGGAAGUCACAGAGAGAAACUCGGAGGAAGGGGCUAAAUUUCUCACAACCCCGACGGGGGAAGCAGGCUGGAAUCUACCCCCAGAUAGCCGCUAUGUGACGUUAACCGGCACCAUCACACGCGGGAAGAAGAAAGGUCAGAUGGUGGACAUUCACGUCACACUGACAGAGAAGGAGCUCCGUGAAAUGGCCAAAUCCAAAGAGCGUCUGGAUGCCGAGUGUGAAGCAGCAGCAGGAGGAGCAAAGCGCUCGUGUGGUUUUGGCUUAGAUCAGGGUCCUCAUGUGGUGCUGUGGAGUCUCUCGUGUGCUCCUGUCAUCUUCCUGCUCUCCUUUAUCACCUCAUUUUACUACGGCACACUCACCUGGUAUAACGUGUUCCUGGUGUACAACGAGGAGCGGACGUUCUGGCACAAAAUCACAGUGUGCCCGUUUCUCAUCAUUUCCUACCCGCUGCUCAUCAUGGCUGUGUCGUUGUCUCUAGGGCUGUACUCGGCGGUAGUGCAGGUGUCUUGGGUGUUCAGUGAGUGGUGGUUCUCAGUUAGGGAUCUAGAAAAAGGAUUCUGUGGUUGGGCUUGUGGGAAGCUGGGCCUAGAGGACUGCUCUCCAUACAGCAUUGUAGAAUUACUCGACUCGGACACGAUUUCAGGGAGUCUACAAGGAAGAGGUCCUGGCGAGAGCGUGCAGACUUCCUCUGUGUGAGAGCUGGACUCUGAAUUGGGUUUCUUAGGGUAAAAAUGGUUCAUGGAUUAACAUCUAUUUGCUGGUCCUGGAACAGCAUUCCACUUAACCCAUCACUGCUAUUUGAUGUCAUUAGUUUACGCUUCUGGAUUCUCCCCCACCUGAGUCCUGAAUGCACCUGUCAGUUUCCAGAUAACAAGGUUAUUGUGUAGCUUGGAAUAUCAACUCAUAAAAUGAUGCAAAAUCAUUUAGUUGUUGAAAUGUUUGAAACACUGAUUAUAUUUAGCUGCAGUCAACCUUUUAAUCCCAAAGGUGUACAAUUAGUAGUUUGUGCUUAGCUUGCUAUAAUGUUCACCAUGUUGAACUGCAAUAAUUAGGUCAGUAAAUUAGCCAAAUAAGAAUGGCAAGUAUCUAGUCUCCUCAUUUAAUACAAGAUAUGAAAUUGGUGCUGUUUCAGUAUUUUAAUAAAUUAGGGUUUUUUAUUUAUUUCAUUUAUUUAUUUGUUUUAGGUCAUUUUUAAAGGACUUUUCAAGCAUUGGAGACCUGUUUGGGCUUAAAUACUUGAUUGCAGCUAAACAUGGCUAGUGUUACAAAUUCUUCCCUUCUGGAGACUUCCAGAUGGAAGCAACACUAUAAAGUUCAGCAGGAUAGAUAGAGAGCAGUACAAGGUUUACUAAGGUUCUGCUUAAUAUUUUCAGGGCUUUCAACUGACUAAAAUCUGGAGCUUAACAAUACGUAAUAGUUUUUUUUGGAGGGUUCAGCUAACGUUGGUUACAGAUGCACUUGGCUAACGCUAGUUACAGAUACAUUUGGCUAAUGCUGGUUACAGAUGCACUUGGCCAAUGCUGGUUACAGAUGCACUUGGCCAAUGCUGGUUACAGAUGCACUUGGCCAACGCUGGUUACAGAUGCACUUGGCCAACGCUGGUUACAAUUGCCCCCUCCUGCAACUUUUUGGUCCCACAGGAUCCCACUGAUUAUGUUAUAUGGUAGUGACUGUUUGAAAUGUUGUAUCAGAAAUAACAAUGCAAUGUUGAUCUAGUAACAUACCCUACUUGAAGAAAUAAUGGUCAGAGUACAUCUGUGCUGGUUGAUUAGUCCUAGUUGUAUUGUUUGAGUGUGAUUACAUACAGUAUAUGGGUCUUAUUAUUGCUUGUGUAAUGUAUCCAUGUCAGUAUACACCAUGUAACAAAUGAAGUAAUGAGCUUAUGUGAAAUACUUUUAUUUGGGUUCAUUUGGCCUUUUCUUGUUAAAUUUUUAUUCAAGAUCCUUUGCCAUUAUUUUGUUCCACAGGCAAUUUUAAUUUUUUCCUUUUUUAUUCAUAUAUUUAUGCUAUUUAUUUUUACUCUAUUUAUUUGAACAGAUUGUGUCUGGAUAAUUAACAGUUGGUGCCAGGAGAGCUUUUCCAAGACUACAACUGAAAAUAAAGAAAAAUAUUUAUAAUAAUAAAUUUUCAUUAAAACCUUGUUCUGUACUGCUCACCACAUUUAAAAGAAUAUCGUUCAGUAAUUUUUCUUAAUGACUGGUGAUUAAUGUAUUUUUAAAAAUAUUUUCAAAUAUGAUAAAAUUAUUCUUUUUUUUGCACAGAUUUUGUCUUUUUAAAAUAGUCUUUUUGCCUUUUUAAAAAAAUAAAAUAAAUAAAACCAUGAA